AUGCAAGUUAUUAUUGCGUGCAUGCAAAAAGAGCAAGCAAUCCACGUAGGUCUCAUUAGAACCCAGUGGUCGUGCUGCUGCCUAAGGUUGCUUGUCAACAACUGGAGUUACCUAGAUGAAAUUAAGAGGUCAGCAGCCACAAAUGCCAGCACAGAGCUGCCCAAGGCAAGGCACACCCUGCAGUCUGCGUUGCUUGCAACUCCCUUAGGGAGCAGUUUGGUGGAAUGCAGUCACAAGGUGGCGAAGGCAUGUGUGCCUUGCCUGAGCGCUACCUGUGUCGAGCUAAGAGAAUGUGCGAGCGAGCAGCCGCGCGGGGCAGUGCUAAUGUGGCUGUUUCUUGGUUGCAGCGGCUGUGCUCGCGAGCCAACAGGCCGCCGCUGUUGCCGCGACGGUCAUCAAUCCGUACCCACCAAAGUGAAGUGCGCCUCGUGUAUACGUGUGUGA